UGUGAGAGGCUUUGCCAGAUCCAGUGUAAAGUAUCGGGUUCCGGUACGGUAGGCUGAACCCGGUGUAAUAUGUCACGUGAGAACAGACGGCCAGACAGGAUUCACCUCCCACCACGAAAGAUCUGAAGAAGAAAAAAUGAAGGCCAAAACAGAAAAGUUUGUUGCUGUUGUGUUGUUGUUGAUGAUACCCCUGCUGAACCCAUUCUUUCAUUCUUCCAUCAACAGCAAUAAUCUCCAGCUCGCCUAACUAAUUAAUAAAGUUAACCAUCUCUCACCAUGGGCAAAUCCAAGGCAGACAAGAAAAAGAAAGAGAAGAAGGUGCUGCUGGAUGAUUCCGACGCGGACUCUUCUUCUUCCGACGAUGAGGACCAUGAUGAAACAACAAUCAGAAAAGGCGUGAGUUUUUCCAUCAACACGAAAUACGCCAAAGACUACCAAAGUCGGAAACAAAAGGAAGAGUUGGCCCGUGAAAAACAAUUCGAUAAUGAUGACGAUGAUGACAGCAGUACUGGCAGUAGCAGCAGCAGUGAAGAUGAAGAUGCCGAUUUGCUCACUACCAAAUUGGACGUGGAUAUUAUCAAGACUAUCAACGCCUUGCGAACCAAGGAUGAAUCCAUUUACAAUCCCAAUGUACGAUUCUUUGCCGGCAGUGACGAAGACGAUAGUGAUAGUGAGGAAGAAGAAGUUGCCGAAAAGAAAUCCAAACCCAAGCGUGUCAAGGAUGUUCUGAGAGAACAAAUUUUGGAACAAAUGGAAGAAGACGACGAAGAAGGAAACCGCAAGCAAUCCAGCACGGACGACAAGACUGAUCGCCUGGCGUAUGACGAACAACAGCAAGAACUGAGAAAGGCGUUUCUUGUAGACAAGGAAAAUGACGACAAUAAUAGUGACGGCGACAACGACAAUGACAAUGAUGAUUUCCUCGUGAUCAAAAAACGACAUAUCGGCAGUAGUGGUGAUGAUAAGGAAGCCAAGCAACAAUUGGAUCAGGAACUUCGAAAUCUCGAAGAUUCCGUUCUCAAUAAACCUGACCAACGCACACUAGUCGAUCCUCGUGGAGAAGUGGAGGAUGGAGAAAAGUUUUUGCUCAAUUUUAUCAAAAACAAAACUUGGAUGGAAAAGACUGAAGACGACAACAUGGACGACGAUGAUGAUGAGGAAUCACUGGAACAAUUGGAACAAGCCGAUGACUGGGAACACCAGUACAAUUUCCGUUUUGAAGAAGCGUUGGCAGCCGAUGCCACGUCGGGAGCCGACUUUUCCGUGCGAGGAUAUGCCCGGAGUCAAACCAUGAAUACUCUCCGUCGCAAAGACGAAACACGACGCGACCGCCGAUUGGUUCGCAAGGAACGCAAAGCGGCCGAACGCAAAGCCAAGGAAGAAAAGUUACGCCGACUCAAGAAUGCCAAACGAGAAGAAAUGGAACAGAAAAUGAAACGAGUCAAAGCUGUGCUGGGAGGUGCUGCCAAUGAAAAGGAUACUGACAAUGACGACAACAACAAGCCCGAUGGCCCCAUGGACGAAGCUGCCAUUAUGAAACUUUUGGAGGGUGACUAUGAUCCGGAAAAGUUUGAAAAGAGCAUGCAGGAGGCUUUUGGGGAUGAUUUCUAUGAAAAGGAAGAUUCCGAGUGGAAGACUGAUGAGGAUGUUCGAAAGGCGCUCAAAGAGGAUGGAGAGGUCGAUUACACCAACUACGAUGAAGAAGCAGAAGACGUAGGCGAACUCGACAACAAUAAUAAUGACUCCCAACUGAUGGGAGAUGAAGAACAUCAUGAAGAAGAAGGCGAAGACGGUCACUACGAUUCAGAUAAUGAUGAUCCCGACCAAGCAGACGAGACAGAGCUGGAGAAGAAAGUAAGAGCCAAGAUGGAGGACAAAUUAUAUGAGCUAGACUACGAAGAUAUUGUCGCGGGGAUGCCCACUAGGUUCAAGUAUCGCCAGGUGGAACCCAACAACUACGGAUUGACCACCGAAGAAAUCCUGUUUGCACGACCUCAGACGCUCAACCAAUUCGUCUCGUUGAAGAAACUGGCGCCGUACCGAGAGGGUGAGGAGUAUCACGCGAGUAGCAGAAAACGACGAAAGUUUCGAGAACAGCUUCGAGAAGAGAUUGCAGAAACCGAAAAGCGACUGAAAGAGCAGGGUAUCACUGUCAACGACAAUCAUGAGGAAGCACCAGACAGUGAUGCCCCGAAAAAGAAAAAGCGUAGGCGCAUGAAAAAAGGCGGCGAGAGCAACAAAAAGCAAAGCAAAGAAAUCAAAGCAGCAGACAAGCCCACCAAUGACAAUGACGACGACAAUCUGCCUCCCGCGUCAGAAGCAGCAGGUGAGGAAGCCACCGAGGGCAAGAAACAGAAACGCCGUCGCAAGAAGAAGGGCAAAAAGAUCUCCAACACGACAAAGGAGCAACCAGUCGCAGCGCACGACAAGAGUGGCGAGAAGAAGGCUCGAGACUCCAGUGAGAAGCCAUUGGUUACGGAUGCUGCUCCUCCAGCGACAAAGAUAAGUAAAGAUCCCUCCGGCGAGACAAAGACAAGUGGAGCUUCCUCGAACGAAACAAAGAAGGCACGGAAAAAGAAAAAGAAGAAAGACAAGAAGGUGGCAGUGGAAGGGGUCUCUGCUGCGCGUCUUGCUUCCUAUGGCCUUUAA